CUCUCUCUCUCUCUCUCUCUCUCCAACGGAGAAGAACCUUUGCCUAAACCCUUCCAGAUCUCUCUUCCCAUUUAUUAUAUUCUUUCUUCUUCCUCGAGCAAUUCACAAAGUGGGUUUCGCUGCCUUCUUAUUAUUUAUGCUGUACUUCUUGUCAUUUGUCCCCUGUUAUUAUUCUCUUUGGCUUUCUCACAGGCAAAACUUAUGCAAGUUUGUUAGCUUUGGGUCAACUAUUACAUAGAUUACUGUUGUCAACCUCAUAAUACUCUACAACCAUGAUUCCUUCAUCAUCAUCUGCUACUAAAAACCCAAUUACAACGAUAGCUCCUCAAAACCCAAAUUUAUGUUUACCUACCCUAAGAUUAUCUCACUUCCACUUGAGACCGACUCAAUGCUCUUUUCAAAAUCAAAAUCCCAACAUCAUCAACACACUUGCUAAACCCAGAACCCAUCUUUUUGGAAUAAUUACCCCAAGUCCAGUUUUUCCCCAGAAGGGCAAUAUAAGCAGGGGAUAUGAGGAGAAGAGAGGUUUUGCCCAAGCGGGUGGCCAGCAGAUGGCUUUAUUAUGUGGGUUUGGGUAUUGGAUGCAGGGUUUUAGGUGCUUUCCAUGGUUGGCUCUCAACUUCCACAUGGCCAACAAUCUCAAUCUGCACCCAUCAUUAUUGCAGCUUGUGCAGUACUCUGCUAACCUUCCCAUGGUGGCCAAGCCUCUAUAUGGAAUCCUCUCUGAUGCUAUAUCCAUUGGUGGUGCUCAUAGAAUACCUUAUAUCCUCAUUGGGGUCUUGAUGCAGGUCCUAUCUUGGGGGCCAUUAGGAUUCAUCCCAGUUGCCCGUGAAGCCCUUCCUACUCUUCUGGCUUGUGUUCUUCUUGGUAAUCUUGGCGCAUCAAUUACAGAAGUUGCAAAGGAUGCUCUUGUUGCAGAGUAUGGCCAAAAACACAAAAAGACAGGUCUCCAGUCCUAUGCAUUUAUGGCUUCAGCUGUGGGUGGAAUCCUAGGCAACUUACUUGGUGGUUGCUUCUUAUUGAAAACACCACCACAAAACAUGUUUAUCAUAUUUGCCUUUUUAUUAUCUAUUCAACUUACAAUUUCAUCGACAGCUAGGGAGGAGUCUCUGGGUUUAUCACAACUAUCACAUCACAUUUUUGCAAAGAAAUCAAUCUGGGAAAAUAUUGGAAAACAGCUAAGUGGUCUUAAAAAGGCAUUACGUGAGGAAUCCAUCUCUUGCCCUCUUAUUUGGAUUGUUGCUUCCAUUGCCACAGUCCCAGCUCUCUCAGGUUCUAUCUUUUGCUAUCAAAUGCAAUGUCUACAUCUCGAUCCUUCAGUUAUAGGAUUGUCACGAGUAAUUGGCCAGUUGAUGCUUCUUUCUAUGUCUAUACUCUAUGACCGUUACUGGAAAGAAGUGCCCAUGAGGAAAUUGAUAGGUGCAAUGCAAUUCCUCUAUGCUGCUUCUCUUCUUCUUGACUUUGUUCUAGUGAGACAGAUCAAUCUUAGACAUGGGAUUCCCAAUGAGGUAUUUGUUUGUUGUUUUUCGGGUUUAGCAGAAACGCUUGCACAAUUUAAGCUUCUUCCCUUUUCAGUAUUACUGGCAAGUUUAUGUCCCAAGGGUUUUGAAGGUUCCCUCACUUCUUUCUUGGCAUCAGCAUUGUGUUUGUCAUCAAUUCUUGGUGGGUUUUUGGGUGUUGGCCUAGCUUCCUUUAUGGGAAUAACAGCUGGUAAUUACUCGAACCUGCCUAUCGUAAUUUUGAUACAAUUUGUUGCAGCAUUACUGCCUUUGAGAUGGAUUCAGCUUGUACCCUCCCAACCUAUAGUUAAGAAGGACAGAAAGAAAGGUGUAAGUAAAAGAACUCGAAAAAGCAGAAGGAUUGGAAGAGUGGUCUUAGGCUCCAUUUAUGUUUACCGGCGAGAGAGAGAAUCUGAGACACAGAGGUAAAUGACUUUGCUUUGGCAAAACAGUGGCAUAUAUUUUAUGAAGAGGAGCAAAAAUUCGAAGCACUUGGAUUGUGCAAGUCUCUGGCUGAAGUAUUGAUAAGCUAUCUGAGAAAGUGAAGAAUAUGAACUAUAAAGUGCCAUGAGUUUGUAAGGGUUAUUCAGCCACAAUUCAGAUUGGAACUGUCUGUCAAAUGAUUUAAGACAUGCAAAAGGUGACCAGUUUAUUGAACAGCGUUAUUGCUCUUCAUAUGUGCGUUCAUCUCUGUGCUCCCUUGAGCAGGAAGUGUUAUUAUUACUUUAUUAGGAUAUUGCUGAUGGGUGUCAAGACCUGCUUUUUAUUCACCGUGCAGCAUGGAAUUUGAUUACCGGUGCACAGAUGUGUAAAUGUGUUACCCAAGCUUAUCAAUCAGGCAGCACAAGUGAUGGUGAUCAAGCAGAAAGGUAUCCAAAUGAAUUGGGUCAUCUCAUUGCACUUUGUUUUGAAACUCUCCAGCAGAAUCCUUUUGUGGUCUCGUGAAAUUCUUGUAUAACGGUAGUUUACCUACUGUUUAGUUUUACUGUUCACCAAAACUAUUGGCCAAAGUCCACGAGUUGUUGUGAUUGAUAUUACAAGGCUUCAGUUGUUAUUAUAUGAAUGUAGCAGCCCUGCUCACCAUUGCUGCUUCUUGCAAUAGGCGAUUGUUUGCUUGGCAAAGUGUGUGAGCGUUGCUGAGGAUGAUUUACUGAUCUAUGAAACUUGAGCAAUUGAACGCGCCCUAUAAGUCUCAAACCAUACAAAUUAAAGGAAGCCGCAAGGAGCUGAAAAUGGUCCCUUCUCAAACCAUGGGUGCAGAAGCGCAUCACACAGCUGAUCUCGAAAUGGCUUGGCCAUUCACCUGCAAGUUGCAAUAGCAAAAUUUUGAGUCAAACCUAGGAUUUUUUUGGCUAAGAGGCUGUUUGAACAAUUAUCAAAUGAAAUAAUUCCCAAGUUGCGAAGGC